UUGAGGCGUGUACUCUCCUUAAUUAUAUUUUAAAUUAUUUAUUUAUUUAUUGACAUUAAAAAAAAAUGCAAAACGAUUAUGUUUUUGAACGCAACAGUGAAGACGUAGCGCGGGAAAGUAAUAAUCAAAAUGGAGAUUCAAAGCUUAUAAAUGGUUACGAAUGUAAAAGUGUUAAUACGAAAAUUGAGACGAAAGUUAAAAAGGCUAGGAGUUAUGUGGAGUUAUCUAUGUUAAAUAUGGCCAAUUCCGUUAAAAGUUUGGGCAGGAACGAGAGGAGAGUUUUAGUUCUUUACACUGGGGGUACAAUUGGCAUGGUGAAAAAUAAGGAUGGGGUACUUAUACCACAAAAAGGUGCUUUCGAGAAUCUUAUCAGAGGCUACCCACAGUUGCACGAUAAUAUGUUUUGGAGGCAAAGGUUGAGUGAAGCUGACUUCGAUACAUCAUUUCUAGUAUUACCAGAAGCAAAAGAGCUUGACGUAAGGAUUUUCUAUAAGAUAGUGGAGUAUGAAACACUUUUGGAUUCAUCAAAUAUGACUGAAGUGGAAUGGAUAAAAAUCUCGGAAGAUAUUAUGAAAUACUACGAACAGUACGACGGUUUCGUGGUCCUCCACGGUACCGACACUCUCUCGUAUACAGCAUCAGCAAUAUCUUUUAUGUUCGAAAACAUUGGCAAGGCAGUCGUUUUUACUGGAUCACAGAUUCCAAUAUUUGAGCCUCGCAGCGAUGGAGCCGACAAUUUUGUAUCGUCAUUAAUCAUCGCUGGCGGUCUCAACAUUCCGGAAGUUACUGUGUAUUUUGGAAGCAAACUUUUUAGAGGAAAUAGAACCAGAAAGGUGUCCGUAAACAACCUCUACGCAUUUGACUCCCCAAACUGUGUACCUCUCGUCGAAGUCGGGAUAGACUUUGAGGUGAACAAAAAGGCCAUAUUCAAACCAAACGUGAUAGAAAGGUGCCAUCUCCAUGCUAAGAUGUCGAAGAACGUUGGCCUUCUCAGAAUAUUUCCUAGUAUCAGUUCUUCUGUUAUCAAAGCAUUUUGCCAGCAGCCGAUAGAAGGUGUAGUACUAGAGAGCUACGGUUCUGGCAACAUUCCCUCGAACCGAGAUGACGUGUUCAAGGAGAUAGCUGCCGCCGUGGCACGAGGCGUCAUAGUCGUCAACAUUACUCAGUGCGCCACAGGCAGUGUCGUCACACCAAUGUACGAGACUGGGAGAUUGAUUGCCGCUUGUGGCGUAGUAUCAGGCUACGACAUGACUCCAGAGGCCGCUCUCACCAAACUCUCCUAUGUUCUGUCCAAAACAGAACUAACUUACCAGCAAAAAGUAGAGAUGAUGGUAACAAACAUAAGAGGCGAAUUAACAAACACAUCAUCAAUAGCUAUUGAGGAUAACACCCUGGUCGAUGCACUAGCCACAAGUCUAAAUAUACAAUCGCCAAAGAAGCUGAUAGAAGUAACAGAUAAAGUGUUCAGUGCUUUAUUACUUUAUGCAAUAGAACAUGAUGAUGCUAGAGCGGUUAGGAAGAUGUUAGAUAUGGGUGCAGAUGUCAAUGCUGAAAACUCUGAAGGCAAAACAGUUUUACAUGAAGCAAUACUAAAGGGUAAUGUCCCGAUUAUAGAAUAUUUAUUGAAGAAUGGCGCCAACGUACACUUGAAGACAAGGUGCGGUGAAACGCCUCUACUGACAGCAAUACAUAAAGACGAUCACACAGUUAUCAAUUUACUAAAACAAUGCGGUGCUCACCUAACAAAUGCUGAUAAUAAAUCUGUAGCGGAAAUGCUCUCAUUGGCAGCUAGAAGUGGUAUGGUCAAUAGAAUUGAGUCUUUGAGAAUAGCUGGAGCAGAUCUGAAUGCUACUGAUGAAAUUAAACAUACCCCGUUGCAUAAAGCGGUGCUAUGCAAUAGUUCUGACGUCGUACGAUAUCUUCUAGCACAAAAGGAAGUACAAAAGGAUUUAAUGGACGUUCUUGGUUUUACACCAUUAGACUGCGCAGUUAAACUUGGCUAUCAGAAUAUCAUUGAUAUGCUGAAUCAAUAAACAACUUAUCACUAUCAAGUUUUA